AUGGAAAGUGGUGCUGCAGCAAUCGUUGGUGAGGCUCAAAAAUCCUUAAAACAAGGUUUCUCUUCAGGACAAUCCAAAGCAUACUCAACACGUGUAAAACUGCUUCGUGAUUUAAGGAGAAGUAUUGCAUCAAGCACUAGAGAAAUGGCAGAUAGCUUGUUAGCUGAUAUAGGGAGAAACGAGCAUAUGUCACAUUUAACAGAAAUAGAUGGACUGAUCGGGAACAUUGAUUAUCAUCUUGAAAACUUGAAGACUUGGAUGGCUCCAGAAGAUUUCGACAUCCCAUUAUUGUUAUCUCCAGGAAAAGCAAAAGUUGUUAAAGAACCAUAUGGACUUAUUCUUUUUUAUAGUAAAAUAUAAUUAUUAUAUAAUGAUAUUGAUAGCUUAUUUAAUAGGAAAAUAUACUUAAAAAUUAAUAAAAAUAAAAUAAUCAGUAGAAUAAGAAUACUUUAAUUAUGGGAGCUUGGAAUUUCCCAUUCGCUACAACCUUACACCCUGUAAUUCAAGCUAUUGCAGCUGGAAAUGUAGUAUGUGUAAAACCAUCAGAACUUUCUCCAAAUACCUCGAGAGUAAUGAAAGCAAUUCUGAGCAGGAUGGAUCCAAAAUAUGUCCAAUGCCUAGAAGGAGGCCCAGAAAUUGCUAUUGCAUUAACUCAAGCAAGAUGGGAUUUAAUUGUGUUCACAGGAUCUCCUCAGAAAGGAAAAAUUGUAGCACAAGCAGCAGCUAAGCAUUUAACCCCUACAAUUCUAUCUCAUUCUAAUUGAAUUGCUAUUUUUUUACAUAAAAAAUUAGAAAAUAUAAUAAAUUUACUAUAGGAUAGAGCUUGGAGGCAAAAAUCCUGUUGUGGUAGACAAAAACGUCGACCUAGAAAUGACUGCUAUGAGAAUUGUCCAAACCCGAUUUUUAAAUGCUGGACAAGUUUGCUUAUCCCCUGAAUUUGCUUUGGUUCAUAAAGACAUUCUUGAAAACUUUCUUGAUCGAGCUCAGCACUAUAUCAGACAAUUUUAUGGCGCAGACCCUAAAAAUAGCAAAGAUUUAGGAAGAAUCAUCAAUGAGUUCCAUACAAGAAGGAUUUUGAAUCUGAUUACAGCAAACCACGGAGGGAAGAUAAUAGUUGGUGGCGAUUCUGAUAUAGCAGAAAAAUAUAUUGCGCCUACUAUCAUUUUGAAUCCUAAUGAGGAUUCCGAAAUUGCUAAAGAAGAAAUCUUUGGGCCUGUCCUUUUAGUUUACCCAUACUCAGACUUGCAAGAAGCAAUAGACUUUAUCAAUGAAAGAGAAAAACCAUUAUCAGUUUACUACUACGGCAGAAGCAACGAACACAUGGAAAGACUCAGAAACGAAACCAGCUCAGGCAAUUUCUGCUGGAACGAGUCUGCAUUUAAUUAUGCUUGUCAAACAAUCCCAUUUGGAGGGGUCGGAGAAUCUGGAAGUGGCAACUAUUUUGGAGUUGAAGGAUUCAGGUCUAUGAGCCAUCUCAAAGGAGUUCUAGAAAGCCAAGGCUUUAAUGGUUAUCCAGUCACAUUAAGAUACCCUCCAUAUACCCCAGGAAAGGUAAAAUCCUUCCAAAGAAUGAACGUGUUGAUGGGUAGCACAGUCAAUAAAGUGACUCAUAAUUUAAAAAUUGCGGCCGUUAUAGCGGCUACCAUUGCGCUGUGGAGAUAUGGGUAUUUAGAUGGAGUUAUUGAGCACGCCCAAAGCUGGUUGGGUGCUGCAGUUAGCUAUAUUAAAACUUUUAAGAGAUAA